AUGAAACGGGCCGUUGAUAAGCCGAAAGUACUCUUCAGUUACAUCAACAGCAGGUUAAGGAACAAAGAAACGGUAUCACUGUUGAAAGGCGAAGACAAUGGGGAUAUAAUAGAAAAUGACGCUAGGACAGAACACAUAAGCCUGCUUUUCGCAUCCCUUUUCACCAAUGAAACGGACGUUGACGAGGCUAGAUUACCUGUUGGAACAAUUGACGAAAUAAUGGAAAGCACCGACUUCACAGAAAAAGAUGCGAAGAAGGAAAUUCUAUCGCUUAAGGAGUGUAAGUCUCCUGUUCCGGAUCAAAUACCGGCAACAGUUCUGAAGGAGCUGGCUUGCGAACUCGGCAGACCGCUUUUGCAUAUUUUCCGGUCCUCCUUUAACCGGGGCAUUCUUCCCUCUGAUUGGAAAGUAUCGAAUAUAUAUCCCAGUGCAUGCACUAGUCUAAAGAGGCUAAAUAUUCAUCCAAAAUUAAAGGCGGACGAACUAAGCCGUAUUCGCCCUCCUGGCUUCAGCCAUCCCAGCUGGCUUCUCAUGGCCCUCACGCUCUGAACAAGGUAAUCGAUUUAUUUUCAACGCAAGCGGCGAGUCAAAAAACUCCGUCACGUGCAGCCCUCGGCCGAAACGGGUGAAAAAUGCGGGAGCUGGUUUUCCUGCAGGUUGGCCAAGCUGGAAACAAUUGUGGCGCCAAAGUAGGUAUUUUGUUAUUCCCAAGCAAAUUUUGUGCACAAUUGAACUGUCAAAAUUUUCGAUGUUUGCAGACGAAAGCCUUGAGUGUUUGCUUUGAAACUGUUAUCAAGCAGUAGGAUAAAAUCAAAGUUUUGCGGGUACAAUGGCUUCCUUUAUCCUUGCUCAAGAUGUUUGCCCGCUAAAUGACACUACGUAGUAGCUUUAAAAGAGUCUUAUGCAUGUUCUUCUCUUUCACAAUAAACUACUUGCAGUAAGAAUCAAAUUUUACGCAGUAAUUUGACCGAAGCUCUAGCCAGACAAUAGUUCGGUCUAUAGAAAGGCCGGAAUGAGAUAAAGUUCCCAUCUUCCAAACGAAUUCCGUCACUAAAUCUGAACUCACGGUGUCGUACGCUGUGAAGCGAAGGAUACGGAUUUACUAAAUUCAUUUAAGAUAACUGGCGUUAGGCGUGCAAACAGCGUUUCUUCCGGCUUCGUACCUGUUUGUCGGGCACGGGGUAAUCGAACUUCAGAUAUCAUGAUUAAGAUGAUUUGACAUCUUUUUACAAAUUAGGAACCAUGCUAUGUGUGGUAAAUAAUGUUUUCAAAUAGCAGCCCAACUUUAGCUGAAAAACGGACGUUUAGUGCCCGCAGGAUGAGGAAUGUCAGCAUCGUGCCUGUUGUGGUCGGAAGGGCUGAAAAGCAGACGGGAAGUCAACUCACAAAAACAAAAAGAGUUGGCAUCCUGUGUCCAAGGCAAGCAUUGCUGUUACCACCAGACGGCUAUACAAUAAUUAGGCUAGUAAUGCAACCAUCCCUGUGGUAACGGAUUGUUAUAGGCAGCCUUAUCUUGAUUUGGAUUACCGUUAUAAAGAUAUGCUGAACAUCAAAGUUAUAUUUUCCCACUCCUAAAAGCAAAGCCCUGAGGCGACACGGAAAUAUCGCCAUAAAAACAGAUACUGCGAAAGAUGAAUGUUUUUCCUACGGACACCACCUCUUAUUUAAUAAUAAAACACGAGAUGGCUAUCUCGUCUUGACGAAUGUUGACUCCUCGGAUUGCAUUAGUUUGCUGUUAGCAAGUAGGCUGUUGGUAAAAAUUCCUAAAGGCAUUGGCUGAAGUUCGUACAAAAGUGGCCCAACCAACAUGCUGCUCGUGCAACUAGUCGAAAGCCUGUUUUGUUUUUAAAAUCGUCCUGGAAAAUUUUUUAUGUUUAAAAAUUUUUCAAGCUGUUUUUUGACCGAGGAAGGCGCAGAACGAAAAUAUACGGGUUAGCGCAACCAACGGGCAGAAAGCGACAUCUGAGAGUUAAGUGAUUCUGUUUUUCAGUUUUUACCAGAGGGACGUUAAAUCAAUAAAUUCGGAUGAAAACAAUUGGGAUAACUUUUGAGGUUUAGUGUUCAAAGCAAUAUGGUUGAAGUGUUUUUGUCAUUGAACUCUCCAGAAUAGGUGGUAGAAAGAUGCUUUUUAAGGAGAAUAGGAGUAAUACCAACUAGAUAACCGCGUUGAUACUCCUCUUGGGCUCCUUUGCGGUUGCCUGGCGUUGUGCAGGUGAGAUUAAAGGAAACGAAAUUUGUGGAUAAAGGCCAUCGUCAAGCGAAGGACUUUAUUCGACAUGCGACACGUGUUUAUGCUGGCCGAUUUUGAGCUGAUUCUGUAAGUUCGUACUUGUCACUUGCGAUAACAGUUUCGGUAUAAUUAAUAAAAGACUAAGGUAUCCUGGUGCGGGGCUCACUAUUAUCAGAAUAGCAGAUGUAAACGCAGAACGUGUGAUAACAAAUGAAUUUCCGGCAAUAUUUUGUUAUCCUUGGAACUAAAUGCUGAAGAAUUAGCAAGUAAGUUAAAAGCCAAAACAAGCUGACAUACUAGUUGGAAAGGCCGACACUGAGUGCGAGGUAUUAACCUGACACGUCGCGGCUUAACUCAUUAAAGUUAAGGUUUCAUUUUCCCUAGAGAGAUGUCAGUUUGUUUUGAGAUGAGAGGCCAAAACCUGAACCGUUCAAAAAUUAAAAAUGCAAAUGUGGGCAAGGAUAGCAGAAUUGACCUCAUGGACAGCACCGACGCCGCUUGCCAAACACAUAAAUGAGUUCUUUCCUCUUCAAUUUACAAACUUUCGUCUAUUAUUUCGCGGUAACUUUUUCGUUUUUGUUCAUUGGAUAAAAGUGCUUAAGGGAGAAGAAGUAGAAUUUCUGAAUAUAUAUGUAAAAUUAGCAGAGCAAACAAAUGAUGGUAAGGUAUUAAACAAGUCCGCGAUUGUCAGCUAGAAAAAAUAAAAUUUUCAAAGCUGAAGAAAGCAGGGUUUAUAGCAGUCGUUAGAUCUCAGAUACUUUGACACGUCUUCUCGUUUUUGGUCGAAUCACCCGCAGCAGCAAUUAAUAUUAGGUCUUUAAGAAGGCCCACUUUACUAUUUGAGAAAAGUAACUGAAACUGACACCAAAUAAUUGAUUACCGGCUGGCAAAAUUUUCUAUUUUCAAGAGUAAAAUGGGCUCCAACCGAUAACCAUCUAACGGAAUUUGACCAAAACCUACUUAAGUCUUUAGGCAGUUUUGAACAGGAAUGAAAUUAUGAUAAACGUGAAACAACAUCAGUUUUCAUUGUCUGUCCAUAUUCUGGUUCUCGAUCGACAGUCCGCCCGGCAUAUGCAUCGACUUCACAGGGCAAUCCUCAUGCAGAUACUACAUAUUUUUCAACUUACUUUGAAUGAUUUCGCGACCAAGGAAAUUUUCGUGCGUAAAAAUAACAUAAUUUUUAUGUUUCAAUCGUUUUACUAGUAACCGUCUAUUUUUAUAUAAAAAACUCGAAAAUUUAGUUAUUGAAACACCUUUUGCGCCCCUGUAGAAGCAUUUGUCGUAAGGUUGCCGUGUUAUGAGUGCUUGGCCUCUUAAGGCAUUGAAAUACAUGUGGAGCAAUUAGCGAGUUAAGGAGGAUGACUAAAGAACUGCGCGCAUUCAAGAUACACGUACAUGAAGCUGAAGUAUUCACCAGAUCUCAGAUUAUGUAUUCAUGGAUUUAAGGAAUUAUCUUUAUUCGAAAGGAAGCCUCAAGUAGGCAGCUCUUCAGUGAGAUAACACCUAUUACUGAGCGUUUUUCGUCCGGACAGGAGAAGCAAAUAAAGGUCUACAAGCAUUAUUAGCUUCUUGGCACAGGAGUCAGUUUAUAACAUAGGCUCUAUAAUUUUUGUUUCUGCAGAUCGACCUAGAGUAUGCCUCAUAAUACAUUAGCAACUGGCAAAAGUGUUACAACGCUUUUAGCUAGAAUAGACGACCCAAAUGAAGCCGUGAAACUCUGGAGGUAAAAAGCAGUUCCCAGAUGGCAGCUUUGCGGCCACGUGUGCAAAUUACACAAGAGAAGCCCAAAGCUGUUACGUCGUAGACAGUUUGGAUCGGCUUUUAAUGUUGCGUAAAAUAAAUAAGUGCUCAUAGGAAUGCUAUGAAAAAAUCUCUCCCUGCACUCAUUUUAGAAAACUUUCAUGCUAGAAUUUUUAACACGAGUAAAGGAAGUACUGUGGUCUUCAAAAUUUCCAGUUAUACGAAUUUGUACGAUGUCCGUAUGAUACAGUUUCCCAUUAUUUGCCUGUUUUGCGAACUGAGCACGUAGUGCAUAGCACAAUCAUUAGUAAGUACAAUGUAUUACAAACACGAGAACGUCACCUUUUAUUUAUAUGAAGAUGCACUAGAGAAGACGCAAAUCGUGGAGCCUAGGAACCGAUGGUACGAGAAAAAUCCAUAUUACGUGUAAAAGUAUUGAGGUACUAACAAGGUCUUUUAAAAAUGAACUACUUUCCUCUUCAAAGCAGUAAAUUUAAUGAUAUCAUAAUUUGUGGAAAAAACAAACAAUACUACUCGUACUGCCAUUUCUAUAAAACGAACUGGACUUAUUAAAGUUUUAAAGAUCGAUAGAAAAUUUGCGCAUUACAAAACUAUUUCGUGACAAUAAUUCGCGCGUAACUUCGAAGAUGCCCAGUCAAAAACGCACACUCUACCUUGCAAGACGAAAUGCCGAACAGUGUUCCCCGAAAAUCAAACUCAAAUAGCGUCAAGGUAUUCAAUCUCAUUUGAAAGCGUCUCGAAAUUUUGCAGUCAAAGUUUUACUAGUCUCAGUGCAUCAUGAACAGGGUCUACCUUAUCUCAAAUUAAAGCAGAGGUCCUCUUGCGUAAAAGGAGAUACUGCAUACUUUUGAAGGUUUCAUCCACUGUGUGGUUCAACUUUCUUAAACAUGUCAGAUUUUGAAAAAUAAGGCUCUUCUCUGAGUCGGCGUAGUCAACGCCACAUGACACAACCAUUCAGCGCUUCACUGCGCGAGCAGAGCUCCCCUGUCCCUUAAAAAGCCUUUGACAACAAUAAAUCCCUUCUGAUUAAAUUAUCAAAAAAUGUUAAAGUGAGACCGCUUAAAGAUAAUCAGAGAGAUCGGUUAAAAAUUUUUACAGGGAAGUUCGGAAAAUGCUUUUGAUUUCAUUAUCUUCCUGCGCUUCAUCUUCAAACAUGUGCCGGAUGACUUUUGGGGGUUAAGUGUUCGUAGUGCAGGUCUCUUAUGCUGAACUCUGAUGAAAACUCUAGAUGCUCUCGGCAAUUUAAAUACUGUGAAUGCGAAGCCUAGACACUGAAUUCUGUUGGUCAUUGUCUGACAAACUGGACGCAGACGAGCACUGGACGUAAUUAUCGUGUCUUUUGACGGAAACAGAGUUGGACAAAAGGCGGCGAUAGUGGCACAUCGCAGUAACUGAAUUUAAGGAAUAAGUCGAGGCAGUUGUUUUACCUUCUAGACAGUCUCCCGGUAUUUAGGUCUGUCGUCAUACCUGUCUCUGACCCGUAGAACCAGCCAACGUCGUCCGCAGGGCAGUUAAUAAAUCUGGAGUUUUGUCAAAUGGCAUCUGUUCGGGACAAAAAAACGGUUGACAUGCUGAUGAAGACGACAUGGAGGGCGCAGCCAGCGAACGCACUCUCUUCAGCGGAUCCUCCCUAAGAAAUACUAAGACACGGGGAGGGGGAACGAAUAGAGUAGACAGGAGAUUCCUGACAAACUCCCCCUCAGUUCGCCCCCCAACGACAGACAGAUGUUUUACCUAGAAGCCGUUAUCAGCAUAUAGAUAAAAAAUAUUUACGCAUGACUUCCUAUGCAAAGUCGGCUUUAGUACUCAGCCGAUCAGCAAAGGCAUCACAUGCCUCGUUGGUAUACAGUGACAGAUGCGGGAGGUAGUUCCUUGCCUUAGCAGGGAUGAUUAAGGACUGCGCCAUCCUUAGAAUGUCGGUAAUCAUGGUCUUUAUUUGCGGUAAAUUAUUAUGGUUGGUUAGGCACCGUUCAGCAACGUAGUCUAAUUUUCACCUAAGCGCUUGUAAACGACACCGUUACUGAUCCUACUGGAGGCACGCCAUUUCUCGGCGUAACUGAUUACAACACACUGUCAUUGAAAAGGUGUGUUUUCUGGUCGUUACCUAUGUGCUUGACGUGCAUGUUAGCCGAAACAGACCAGGUACAUCUCUUAGCGCGAACACAAUGCUCUUAUAAAUGCUUUGGCAGUCCCAGAAGAUGUAUUAUAAUUACGGAAAGUAGAUACCGAACAAAAUUAAAGUCUUUUAGCCUUUUGUUGACUCAGCUCUUCGGGAUAGCAGAAAUUCCCGAAAGGCGUUGAAAAUUUCCGUCAACUGUGCAUGAAUUUCUUGAAUUGUUUUUCCUUCUCAUUUUAUACAGAAUUAUUGAGAGAGGACUGAGGUAUAAGAGGUUGCCGUCUACGUGGAAAAAACUGUCCACCAUAAUGGUAGUUCUAGUAAAACCACCAGAAGAGGUAAUAAAAUGAAUCAGAAAAGUCACCAAAAUUGCAUGGAAGUGCUAAUGUUACCAUCCGUUAUCCCACUAAUUCCUAAACCAGAAAGACGCAAGUACUUGCAGCUUUAUGGGGUGAGAUGCAUAAUACGGUCAAAUAACUUUAAGCAGUACUUUUUUGACCAAAAAUUUUUCAGUUGGAUUUUGACGGACAGAGGGAUUAAGCUUAACCACAAAAGCGUUAGACGUUCUAACUGAAGUGUAAAAAUAAGAGAAUGAAGUUGAGAACAAGGCGAUUUGAGUUCUGAAAAUUGAAACUUAUUCGUCUGGCCUUUCGGAUUUACUAUCAAAUCUAUCAUCAAAGACAAAAAUAGGUGAAUGAAACGGCAGCAAAUGGCGUCCAGUAUUUAUAGGAUGCGGUGUCUGUGAGACAUUUAAGCCGUAUCACGUAACGUUUUAUGAUUGCCUGCGCCCUGUGUGUAACCCAAACUUCGAGUGUUUUACGGUGCGACCGACAGAGUCCAAGGCGUUCAUGGCACAUGGGAACGCAGGUCAGCAUUUGGGUCGGAUACUGUUUGAUUUCGUAUCGUCAUUGUAUGCAGCGAUCCACAUAGGUGCACAGAUGGCCACUGGCUCUGAGUUCGUAGGCAAUACUAUUAAUCGAAAAUGUGACAACACUGCAUAUCCAGUUUUGACAGGGUCAAGAUUCUCGCAAGAGGUGAGAGCCUCGUCAAACCCAAAUCUGUUUGAUUUGUGGUUCUUUGUCCCGCAAUUCACUAACAAGUGUAAUAAUAAACACUCGCCCCGUUUCAAAUUGUGAUAUUGCAUGAGCAGAAUAAUUAUUCGCUUCAAGGCGCCACAUCGAAACACUAAUUUAAGUAGCAAUACUGAUGAACCAAACUGCCGGGUCACCAUGUUUUUUAUCGCUGAAAUAGGUGAUGGAAUCGCAACAACUAAAGACACUUUGGGCGACCAAGCUUUGGUCACAGCAGGUACGAAUAUAUGCAACGAAGGUGGGUAUGCAGAUAUGCGAGUCUGGGGCAACUGUAGGCUGUUAGUACUGUCCUUCUGUGAUCUAGGCCAACUUACAGUGCGUGACCGACCUCAUGAAAUUUUGGCCAAAAUUCUGGAACGCGUUUCCGAUUAGGAAGGAUUACUUAAGUGGUGUUGUUAUACUGAUUAUCAUGCAGCAUAACCUUGUAAGAUUUCGGACUCAACAUGAUGUCGGCUUUCGAAUGCACUUCUUUCUGACCUCCUGCAGAGACCAUGCGCAAAAGUAUGCUUUAUUUUGCUCACUUGGAAGGAAAUCACAUCGUCUUUAUAUUUAUACCCAAACAAAGUGUAUAUUUUGGUUUUAAAAAAUUUCUAAUUAUGAGAUUUUUAAGACCGUGCUAUGCCCAUGCAUGCAAGACCGCACAUUUCCGUUUACUAAUGCUCCUCAUGAAGUGUACAACACAAUCCGCAUCCAUUGGAAAAUUUCAUGAGCGCUUUAUGGUAUCUUCUUAAAGGCAUAGAAAGACAUAUGAUUCUCCUUACGCGGAAAGCAUGCACUUUGUAGACUGAAAUUGCUGAACGCUGAUGCAAUGGCAGAUCAGGCGAAAAUUUAUUCGGGAAUUGGGAAACCUUUUAAAACCUAAAUAUACACUUUCGUUGGGCAUGAAAUAUGAAGACAAUGUGAUUCUCUACCAAAUGAGUAAAAGAAAGCAUAUUUUUGUGCAUGUUUUCUCUAAAAUAUAUUUGAAUUUAUAAGACCAUCGAAAAUCAAUAGGAAAAAUGCAUGCUAAUUAAGUAGUCAUUGUUACCGAGUGUGGUCUCUGCAGGAGGUCAGAAAGAAGUGCAUUCAAAAGCCGACAUCCUGUUGAGUCCGAAAUGUUAUAGGGUUAUGCGGCAUGAUAAUCAGUAUAACAACCCCACUUAAGUAAUCCUUCCUAAUCGGAAACGCAUUCCAGAAUUUUGGCUAACAUUUCAUAAGAUCGGUCACGCACUGUAAAUGUUGAUGUUCUGCAAUGAUUCCUUCAACUAUAAAUCUAAAGCGUUCGGCAAAUAGGUUCUUUUUCUAGUUCUCGACUUUCUGUUAGGUCAAUCAUAAAGCAUGGGUGAAAGCGUAGGGAAAUGGCAACUAACGAAGUGGGUUUCACUCAGUGUAAGUCUCUCAGAAUUGAUUGAAACACAUCUUGCUUGCAAUUUGUUUCCUUGAGUAUUUUAGAUAUUUUCAAUAGGGCCUAGGUUAAAAGAUACAAAGUUGCAUCAUUUUAUUUUAGAUUAAAUCUAAACAGACUGUUUGGCGACAAAACUAAUUUUUCCAAGUUUCAGAGUUAGACUUUGCUGGCGUUAUUCAUUCAUGCAGAGUGAGACCGAAAUUCCGUCAAAGACCGACUUAUAUUCGGACAUGUACUGCAGUUUGCCAACUUAAGUCACAAUAUUUCUUCAAACGUUGUUACACAAGUCAGUUAUACAGGAAAAGUAGGCAAAAUUAUGCUGCUCAGAGUCUGGAUACUGCCACUUUAGUCACCAUUGUAUUGUAAGCAUUUUCUUUUCAUUUCUUAAAAGUAACACGCUAUUCGUUGAGCUUUAUUAGAUAUUUGGGGCUAAUUUUCGGACAAAUCAAUUUGUUUAUGUGUAACCUAACAAUAUUUCCGACCUAGCAUAUGUACUUCGGAAGCAAGAGCGAAAAGUGGCUAUGGAGUUGCAAAGAAGCCCUACUUCUGUAUAAGUGAAAUUGUUACUUUUAAAUUUCCUCAGAAAUCAACUGUAAACUUGGGGUAAUUCAGUGUAUACUGAAAUCAAUAGGCGCAGACCGAAAUUUGAUGCAUUUGGGCGCAAGUCCAUCAGCCACAGCGGGAUGACCGUGUAAUCUUCAGUAACUGUCGACAGACAGCUAGUUGUAUAUUUUAGAAUUGCAAAAUACCAUACUACCUGUGCUGCCAGUAUGGUAUCUUGUAACCCUAAAAUAUAAGUGAAGUGUUGCAGAUUAAAUGAGACUCCACAGAUAACCGCCAGAAUGGUAUAAAUUUGUCAGAUUAACAUUUUCAUUGUUAUUAUUUCGUAAUGGACUCUUUGCAGGCAGAAACGUCAUUUACUACGUUCCCACUAAAAUACUCAGCGUUUCCGCCUAAGCCAACAAUAAUAAAGCAAACUUUUAAUUAAAAACUGCUGGUUGAACCUGAUAGUGUAUGCAAGCAAGAUUUUAUUCACUGUCUAAGCAGUUCUGAUAAAUUAAUGAAGCACCAUUUGGUAGAGGGGGUGCUCACCUAUCGUCAAACAUGCCAUCAAAAACGAGUUGACACUCCAAACUGGCAACAUUGGGGUUACGAAUAUGCAGAUAUAAAUCCUGCCACGCGGAGCUACAAUGGUGAAGACUGUCCCAAAUCCCCCUUAAAUAUUGUGAAACCUCCUUCAGAUAUAACUCUAAAGACCACUAAGCAUUUGCAAAAAACCAAAUGUCUUACGGACGGUUUCGAAAUCCAAAAGGUUGCGGAAAUCAAUUUUAACUCUACGACCGUAGAUAGCUACCGUCAUGGUAUAAUGAUCUUGAGUCCCACUAGUACUUCGUAAGCAUGGCAUGUAUUUUCCGAUAUUUUGGUGAAUUGCAAGACUCAAAAAUUCCAGUGCUUAGCCGAGCGCACACUUGGUCUAAUUAGAAAAAACUAAAAAAAUCAAAAUCAGUCAGGCGUAGAGUUUCUUGACAAAAUUCGCCCCGAACUCAAAAACCUGACCAAACACAGCGAUAAAUUGAGAAACAUAAUAGAAGUCAGCGAAGUCAAACGGUCGCCAGCAAGGAAGCGAAUUUUUGUUCGACAAAAUGAAAGAACUGAUGGGUGGUCAAAACAUUCCCAGCCAAAUUUUCAAAAACUGCCCAUUCAUUAGGCAAAGACUGCAGUCACGAAGCACUGGCGGCGGAAAUCACGUAAGAUAUUCUUUUUUGUCGUCAGUACGGGAAUUCAGCAUCAAAGCUGGACUAGAUACUGAUUUUCUGGAAUUUGGGUAAUUCAGUAAAUCCAGUGUAAUUUUAUAGUAAGACCGCUUUCAAACUCUUCGAUGCACUGUCCUCAAACCCGAAUUCUAUGCGAUUUUUUCACGUGACUCAGAACUUUUGAUAUAACGCUUAUGACCGACUAACGAUGAAGGAUUUUCAGGAAAUUGCCAGCACAGUAAACAAGUAACUAUUACUAGACCAUUCAUAGCCCGUGACCCGCUUCUAAGGGCCUAGAUCGGGGCGCUAGCGCAAAGUAGAAAGAAGUGAUUUGGCAUAGAAAUCAGGUCCAAUCGAACAGGCCUCCCAGCUUGUCGCAUGAAUAAAUUUCUGUCUUAAAUACCGUCCUUUAAAGUCAAAGUAAUCUGGAGUUGUCUAGAAAAUACGAGAUCAGGAGGCACUGGAAUUACUAUACUACAAAUAACUAACUGAUUAGAAGCACUGAAAACUGUGCUACGACAACGUCACACUGUUUCUAUCACAUUUAUGCGCAACUAAUAAGCUUCUAACUUUUCGUUUGUGCAACUCCAGUCGUGCGGCAGAAUUAAUUUUGUUUGGUGAUACAUGGUUGUUAUGCUGCUUAUUUGUGAUACGGAAUUUUCUCCUAGGACAUCACUUAUUACCAGUCGACUCAUAUAUACACAGGAAAAAUACGUCUGAAGACAUAUGCCAAAAAGGCAAGGAAGAGUGUAACAUCCAUAUCUGACUUAUUUGAUGUCAUCAGUCCGUGACAAACCUGGACUGAUCUCAAAUUUGAGAUAGUGGGAAGUGCGAGAUAAAAAUAGGGAAACCAAAUACCUCUGGGGACUCAGGAAAUCUCGAGGUGUCAACACAUAUGGUCAUUGACUAAAUGAAUCGAAUGAAUUGGUUCACGCAUUUGGUGCUGAAGGGUUAGGAAGUACACAGUGCCGUUUCAACGUCAAAAAUGAGGGGAAAUGAGAGCGGAGAGGGUUAUAGUCGGAACUCGCCAGGUGACAGUUUGCCGGAAGAGUAGAGGACGUGUUAUUGUCACGCAUCAGGGGUUUGAGAGGGCGCAACCCAUGAGGUUGAAAUGACUACUAAAACUGUUUAUAGUGGGCUGUUGGGAGUGGGACAACUCUCAUGCAUCUCUGAUGGAUGCCAUGCCAGCAGCCCAAACGACAUUCCAAUCUAUGCAAAGACCACAUUUACGUGACUACCCAGUGAUGGAGAUAGGGAAUCUUGACGGUCGACAGGCUGCUUAGGCAAUGCCUCGGGAUUUGACUUGUGUAGUUGGCAUGCAAACAAGAGUAACCUACCCUAGGGCACAUAAAAAGCUUUUAUCUUUGGUUGUUUUGGUAGAGGAUGCUUGACAAGAGAAGACGCCAUUCCUUUGAGAAGGAUGUCAUUCCGAGUGCAGUGAGGACGCCUACACCAAGGUCUGUCGUGCUAAGACCUCGAACGCCCCCUGACACAAGUCGGCGUACAGGCUUUAUGGACCAUCCAGUGGCCUCUGCCUUUGGUCCUGGUUCCUAAGGAGGCCGGAGGCCAUAGACUAUUUGUCACCGUCAGCCGGGUAUGCUUGAACGUCGGGUCAAAGAUUCACAAUUUAAGUUGUCAAAACUAAGAAACCUACCCUUACAGCAAUUUGCGCGAUUCGACAUGUAUGGUUGUUUUACCUGAUCGGCGCUAUUUGCAUUGUAUUGUCUUCGACUCCAUGGAGGGUUUUGACGUAAGCGACUUAUUCUAGUAGAAAUAAGUAAGUAAUCUGGAAAAAAAGGCUAAACAUUUUCAUACACUGAUCGCUGCAUAGGACCGAAAGCAUAGGAAGCAGGUAAUUUUGAGUCAUAAGAUUACCUAGAACGUUUUGUGGCAUACGUAAACGUCCUCCUCUAUCCUGCGUAAAAGGAUGCAGCUGUCAGAUGUUUUGCUGCCAAUAAUCCUAGUAUCUAUACGCCAGUACAGUAUCAUUGUCAACGAUAUGCCUUCAUACGAAUGAAGAAUAUGCUUGCUCAAAAGCGUUAUGCUUCAGGAAAAUUGCUGCAAUCACUGACGUUUUACUUUGCGGAGAAAUCCACUCUGCCAAGAAGCUAUCUGCAAGGCUUGGCAAAACUUUACUAAAAGUGGUUUGCGCUUUCGGAAAAUUUUCCAAGUUACCAUUUGAAGUGUUCCAUUCCGUUGGUGCAAAAAUUUCACCAGCAAAGAAAAAUAUUUUCUAAAUCAGUUACUGUGAACAUUUUAGUUUUGGGAACUAAUAUCCGACGAGCAUGGCCUUGAUGCAAAUGGAUAUUACAGGGGAGAAUCCGAUCUUCAAAUAGAAAGAAUGAAUGUUUAUUUCACCGAAGCAAUGGGUAUGUAUUUCUUAUAUGCUACUGAUUGCGUCAAUUCUAUUUUUGACAAUAAAAUAUCGGAAUCCAAAUGUCAUUGGAGCACUAUUGAAAAGAUCUAUUGUCGUUUACCGGUUAGAUCUGAUUGGCCAAAGUCUUUUACGGAUAAAGUGCCACCUGACACCCUGGGGGCCGUAAUUUAUCAUCUAGCUUUGUGGUCAUACCUAAAAUGAAUACUAAUACUGCUGAAGUAGGAUGCUAGUCUUGGUCAAUUUAUGAAAUCAUUUUCACUUGUGGAUAGUGGAGAUGCUGCAGAUCGUGCAUACGUUUAUCAUUUAAAGCAGCACUCGCAACAUUAAGUUGCCAAGUAUUUAGCUUAAAGCCCGAUUCGUUGGUUUGAGGGAGACCAUGACCAAAAAUUGCAGCUGAAUAAUAUGGUCUGAAGGGUACUGAGGAAAACACCAUUUAAUUGUUUAGUCUACGUUAGUGCUUCAUUAUCUCACUAUUUUUGAAAAGUCAAGUUAAUUUUCUUAAACAUAAACAGGCAGUUUAAGCAAACUCGUUUUCCCUUACUUCCUCGUUCUAGGCGGUUAUCAUCUUUUUGUUUAUGUUAGGCGGCCGUUUCGUCCCACGAUGCAUCCUAGUCGAUCUUGAUCCCGGUACUGGGAAUGCCGUGCAAGGAACACCAACUGGCCGAUUAUUUCGUCCUGAGAACUUUAUAAUGGGAAGAGCCGGAACGGGCAACAAUUGGGCCAAGGGCCGCUACACUGAUGGAGCCGAACUUCAGGCGUCCGUCAUGGACAUCGUUCGCAAGGAGGCCGAGGGAUGCGACUGGAUGCAGGGCUUCCAAAUUAUCCACGCCGUCGGUGGGGGCUGUGGAUCCGGCAUGACUACGGGUCUUAUGGAGGAGAUUCGUGGCGAGUGGCCCGACAAGAUCCUUAACAAUUUCACUGUCCUUCCCUCACCGAAGGUGAGUAAUCUCCACACCACUUGAAUGCAGUGUAUCCAAAAAUCGCCUAACAGUGACUUGAGAGAAACAAGUGGUAGUUGUGUGUUUGAAACCGAGUUGGUGGAAAACCGAUGAUUUCUCUCAAGUUAUCAAAAUAUACGGGCUCAUUUGCCGAUUCCUAUGUUUCGUCGUGUAAAAUGAAAGCCUUCUAAACGUCGGGUAAUAACAAUCACAAAAAUAUGGGACGGAAGGAUCACCAUUUUUGAUUUUCGUCGUUGCGAGUUGGGUGUACUAAGAACGCGGGCCAAAGAAACCUGGAGUAUGAACUAAAAUCAAGUUGACUACUGAGUAUAAUGUCCUACUACUCGAGGAAGUCUUGCAUUCUGUUAGCUGCUGUUUAAGACUUCAUUGCUGGACGGAAUACGAGCAUCCCGUCAUGUGGGGACUGCUGUCGGAAUUGGGGGACACAAUGUUCACGGUAGUUUAGCAUAUUUUCUUACGUCCACAAUGUCCAACAAAAGGAACUAAGUGUCGAAAAAGAGCUAGUUGUUUGUGGACUUACUACUCUUAAUCCAAAGUGCAGUUUAAAAGUGCCCAACUUACUUGCGUUUCUAAAACACCCCAUUUAAUGUCUCCAAGCUGUUAAGUAACAUGCGCAACUACGAAUUUUGUGAUGGAGAGGUUAGAAAGUGAAUUUUUGUGUGUACGGAGGAUUUGCUCUACCGUUAAUUGACCAACCGAAAUUAGGAAUUAAACCGGCUCAGAUUGUUGACUCAAAUAUAGCAACGCCUUGCGUCCACGUUUGUCUGGCGAAUGAUUACCUAGAAGUUCGUAUGUUUGGAUGUUAAGCUAAAUUACUUGGUUAUGACCUGGAACCCUUAGUCUCCAUCCAAUUAUAAACCCAUUAAAGUAAUCCUUAAUCUCGUUUGCUGCCACUUUAAUUCCCCUAUCAUUGUAACCAUCAUAAGCAUAGCCAACAACCGAAUCAGCGGCAGCAUAGGUGAUGGCAACAUCCCAGCCACUGUCCCUAUUCUCUCUGUGAUCAACGAUACCAUCACUCAUCUCGUGGUUCUUUUCAGGCUUUUCCGUGGCCUAUUCCCGUUUUCUUCUUCUUCUUCUUCUUCUUCUUCUUUUUCUUUUCUUCUUCUCCUUCUUCUGUCGCUACAACAACUACAACUUCUGUCUUUUCGUCUUACUAUUAUUUAUCUUUUCACUUCUAGCCCUUUUCUUCCAGACUUUGUAUUUGAUUUGUUCUUUUGUCUGCUUUCUCCAUAGAACAAGCAAACUGCUUUAUAACGAACCAGUAAUUCAGAGAUCCUAUCAUUCCAGUACCUCCGUUUGCUAAAAUAUCGAAACAGACAGGGGUAAAAGCAUAUAACAUUCACAUAUUGACAGAAAUACUGAGUUUCUGCACUGAAUAUAGUGCAGCAGGACAUCAGACAAAGUCGAAGUCGCGAUCUCCGGUGGCGGAAAUAAAGCGCAUGCAUCCGCUCGUGUUAGGGCACACGCAUAAGCCAGCCAGGAUGCUUUUUCCUGAGAGUGCUAACACAACCGCUCUUGUAUUUUUUCACCAAGGUUUCCGAUGUGGUCGUCGAGCCAUACAACGCAAUCUUCUCUCUCGACUACCUGAUUGACAAUAGUGAUGAGACGGUGAUCCUAGACAACGAGGCCCUCUAUAGCAUCUGCACCAAUGUCUUGCAGAUUUCCUCCACAUUUGGAGAUCUGAACCAUCUCAUAUCCACCGCAGUCGGCGGCAUGACAACCUGUUUCCGCUUUCCGGGUCAGUUGAACUCUGACCUGCGAAAACUGGCUGUCAACAUGGUACCCUUCCCUAGAGUGCACUUUUUCGCGCCCUCCUUUGUACCUCUGAGCAGUCGUGGAAACCAACCCUACAAGGCCCUCACAGUUCCAAACCUGGUGCAGCAAAUGUUUGACGCCAAAACCCUCAUGGCGGCCUGCGAUCCUCAACACGGGAAAUAUCUCACCUGUGCGGCUAUCUUUCGUGGCAGGAUGAGCAUGGCUGAGGUGGAGGAGAUGAUGAUCAACACACAGGACAAAAACUCGGCGUACUUUGUGGAGUGGAUACCCAACAACUGUCAGACUGCCGUUUGUGACAUUCCGCCCAGGGGCAUGAAGAUUUGUGCCACAUUUCUGGGCAACAAUACGGCCAUCCAAGAGGUCUUCAGUCGCAUUCAGACAGCGUACUCGGCAAUGCUAAGGAGGAAGGCUUUCAUGCACUGGUAUACCGGUGAGGGCAUGGAUGAAGGAGAAUUCGGCUCCAGUGAACAAAAUGUGGUUGACCUGAUCAGUGAGUACCAGCAGUAUCAAGAAGCCAGGCCAUAA